GUUUUAUUUGGGUAGAUAUCGGUGCUUAUGGUAAAGACAGCGACUCGGGAGUUUUCAAAGAGUCCACGCUUUACAAGAAGCUAACAGAAAGGUCACUGGAUAUACCUGAUGCAACGCCAAUAAUAAUAGAGAAUAAAGAGGAAAAAUUACCAUAUGUUAUAGUAGCGGACGAAGCCUUUGGCAUGGUGGAAACUUAAUGAGGCCAUACGGUGGAAAAACUUUAUCACAUGGAAAAAAGUAUUCAACUAUAGAUACACUAAACGCAGCACCACUGGCAACAUUGAAUCGUUCACAUACUGGUCGUAAUCUACAGGAUGCAGAUGGGGUUCGGGAAAAAUUGACAAACUAUUUUUUGAAUCAAGGAAAACUGAUGGAAUGGCAGGAUAGAAUGAUUUGA